AAUUUUGUCUCUUCAUGUUGUGAAGUGUUAAGUUCUUGCUUAAUUUGACUUGUGGAUCAUUCAGGCUUCAGUAGGGUACCUGCACUUAAAUAUUGUUUUGCAUUAACUACUGUAAGUAGAUUGAUAUUUUUCCUUCGCAAACUUAAUUUUGAUAAAUUUAAUUAUGGCACUUACAAUUCAGUUGGUUAAACUAAGGUUGGAGUAGUAUAGAUUGAGAGAAGUUUUAGAAAUUCUCAAAGGGAAUUAAUUUGUGAUUUUAGAAAACCUCAUGUUUAAAUUCAAGUGAUUAUUUAAAUUAAUCUACAGUGGAUGUUAGUUCUAGGUAUUUGUGGGUACUGAAUGUAGAUUGUUAUUUUUACACUUUUUAAUAGAAAUCAAAGACUAUCAAAGCUCCUUCUGCAAACAGAAAGCAGGUAACUACAUUUUGUACAGACAAGGUUAUUGCUGACUACUUGUUGGGAAAAUGGCAGUAUAGGCUUGUAUAUAAAGAGCUUUUCAGCUGUAUUAACUAAUUUGGGAGACUGUUGUCAGCUAAGUUUUUGCUUUUUCAGUCCUGUUCUGAAAUUAUUUUAUCCUUGAUAGUUGCAUGUACAAUUUUAGCUGGAGCUUCGUCUGGGCUUUUUCUUAGAGUAAUCUCUGCUUUCCAGCACUGAUUCUUAGGAUUAUUAGAUUUCUGUAAGAUUAUGGAUGUUUUCCAGAGCUGCAUCAGACACUAGAAUGAAAUUCUGUCCCCCUAGGCCCUCUCAACCCCUGACUUUUGAAUUUAGCGUAUUUUAAUGCUGGGAUGGCAGUAUCCUAAUAAAUGUAAAUGCCACACCCAACCAACUAAUCAAAUUUUGUAAGUCCUGGAAACUACUUGAAGUCAAGACUACAGUUGCAAGCCUUUUGUUGUGUCUUUGUUAAGCUGCUGAGAUAGACUGCUUAGCCGCAGCUUAUACCAAUAAAAGUAGUUUGUAUAGUAUAGUUUAUUCCAGCCUUUGUUUCUUGCCCUUCCUUCCUUCCCCUACAAGCAUAAUCAGCUAUAGGGGCAAAAGUUAGUUUUGUAUUACAUUACAACUCUCUAAAAAAACCAAACAACAACAAAAAUAACCCAAGCAAACAGAAGAAACUACUAAAAAACUUGUCCAUGAAUUAUGUUCCUGACUGCAACUGGAGAAGGUGGUGGUUAAAAGAUAGUUACAUGUCUUUUCCCAGUUAGAUUUAUAACAUCUGUUAGGAAGUAAGGGCUAAGUAGUAGGUGAAUAGGUCAAAACUCAUCAGGAUUACUGCAGACUUUAUUUAUUCGUUGUGUACCUUUGCAUUCUAGUUUCUCAAACUUUUUUUUUUCAGAGAGGGGCAAGUUACAGGAGAUACUUGAUUACAGCAAGCAGGGCCCUAAUAUAAGUAGAAAGUGAAUAAAAUUACAUUCAGUCUUGACAUAAGAUCCAACUCUAAUGACAGGAGGAGUAGUUAGGCAAAUUCUGUGUAGUAACUCACAUUUUAACUCAGAUUAAUUGUCUUUAUAUAAACCUUGUAUUAUGAAUGGUUAUGAGCUUGAUGCAAGAGUCAUGGAUAAAGCCUUUGCUCUCUUUAUGGGUGUGAAAGUUGUUCUCUUGGUUGUUCUUUAUGAACCUGAAUUUUGAAGUAGCAACUGUAACUUGUUUACUUGGGAAAGCAGUAUUAUAGAAGCUUUCGUAGCUCUUCUCUAGCAGCCAGAAAGAUUAAAAAAUUUAACUAGUCUAGUGUGAUUAUCUGUAGCAAUUACUUUACAGCCUGUAUAUACAGCCUUUUAAAUUAUUCGUCAAACAAAUGCCUUUUGAGGAUCUGUGUGUCUCUGUAGCUCAGAUACACUUGAGGGGUGGUUGUGUCGCUGAGCAAUCCCACAGAUACAACUCUGUCAUUGCAUACAGACUGGAGAACUUCUUGUGCCUGCUUUGGCCUUUUUCAUGUGUUGCGUGAAGAGGAGUAUCACUGGUAUGCUGCUUUUUUUUGUGUCACUGGGCAGGGUGAUCAUUGCUAGCACUGAACCAGCCUUAGAUGUUCACCAAUCAAUGAGAAACACUUGUGCUUUUAAAGCGCUGUCCGCCCCUCUGUGUUUCUGUAGUAUCACUGGGGGUACACUUGAGAUAUCACCCAUCUCCACCAUGGCAGUUUUCUUCCUCUUCCUGUUCUCUGCCCUUAUCGGAACAAGCAGCUGUUUAUCAGUGAUCAGAAGCUUAACCACUUCACAGCAGUCCUUGUACCUGCUGUGGGCCCCUUUUCACUCUUGGAAUGGUGAGGCCGCAAGGUGAAUGCUCUGUAACUACAUUUCUUACUUGCUUCUGAGUCCCUUUUGAUGCUGCCUUUAUUACCUGGUGAUGGAGAGCGGCUUUCAUUCUCACUCCUUUUCCUGGUAUUGAGAAUUAAGACAGGAAAAUCAGAGCCAAAGCAUCUGUGAUUUUGACAUCUUUGCCUUUGCUUAAGAGGCUUGGAGAAAUACCUCUCUUGGAUUUGCUGCUGAAAAAUUUCAGGUGCUCAGUUAUUCCAAAUGCCAACACCCUUGAAAUGAAUCGUAGGUGUUAGAGUUCAGUUGUUUCUGCUGGAGUGAGAGGAGUAUUCCUUGACAGCAGAAAGACCUUUGAGAGGUGAGUGUUCUUAAGUACUCUGAGUUGAGUCACUUAAACCAGUGAGAGUCUCAAUGCUAUCAGUAGUUUGGGCUAAAGAUCUGGUGUCUUGAUGUGGAUUGCAUUGCCUUCAUCGAGAUGUUUGCAUGCUGCUGUGCCUACUGUUUACUCUUGGGUGGAGCUUGGAACACUAGUGGGUUUGAAAUCCAAAAAAAGGUGGUUAAUUCUGCCGGGCCCUUUGAAGUUUGGAACACAGGGCUGCAGUGGUCAGACUUUUGGUCCUUCAGCAGUUUGCUUGCUGAUGAUUUUGUGAAACUUGUCACCUUUCCUUCAGCUGGAAAAUAUCCAGAAUAUGAUGGCCCAUCUUUUCUGUUCCCUUCUCUUUUCCUCUGUGCCAGAUGUAGAUACAGAGUAACCGUGGAUUUAUCCCCAAAGUGGUCUGUAAGCUUCCUGUGAACCAAAGAAUAGUUACUACAUUCAAGAGUACUUGCAUUUAAAUUCUUCCAAAGAGCACAUUCAGUGAACACAAGACUACCUGCCCUCCAAAUAGGUGGUGUAGGGUUUGUUUUCAUGUGGAAGUGGAUCUCACAGCUUAAUGUAAAUCGAACAAAGGAAAAAAGGAUGUCAAGAGUGGUCUUCCUUGAUUUCGGUGAAGGACUGUUGCAGGGAGCCAUGGAUAUUAGUUUGUAAAUGUACUUAAUGGACAGACCAGCAAUAUGGAUGAUUUAGAGAUAAAUACUGAAGUCACUGGUGCUAAAGAAGAAGAAGAAAUCCUAUGUGGUGAUAAUUUCAUAUCUGAGGAAGAAGGUGGCAUUCCUAAACCACAAGAGAGCGACACGUCGUUUCAGAAGAACAGUACAUUGACUCUGCCUGAGGAGUUAUCAAGGGAUAGAUCUGAAAAAGCCUUAAGCGGAGGCCAGACUUCUCUAUUUAUACACGCUGGUGCUCCUACUGUUUCUAGCGAAAACUUUAUCUUGUCUAGAGGAACUGCUGUUAAUGGACCAGUUUCACACUCCACCUCAACUAAGACUUCCAUUAUGAAUAAAGGCAGUGUUUCAUUAACCACUGGACAGCCUGUAGGUCAUCACACAGAUUCCUGCUCAACUUUGACAGUGGUUCAUGAUCUUCAGCUGCCUGCAAAGAGUGCAACACAGAAAUCAAAUCAGCACCAAGUUUUAUUUUUGUUACCUGAUGUAGCACAUGCUAAGAACCUGACUCAUUCCAUUAAAAAUCUACCUACCUCUGCUUCAAUUGGUUGUGAUUCACAGAAAUCAGUAGGAAAUAGUGUAGAUAGCACUUUAGUAGGCCAAGUAGAAGUUUGUGAGGAUGAUAAAAAUCUACUAGUAAAAGACGACUGUGUUGAUACAUUAACAGACAUUUCCUCAGGUACAGGUGGUUUCACAUCGGGUUGUGAUCCCAGCUGGGAUCCACAAAAAGAGUUUAUACAGUUUCUUAUGACAAAUGAAGAAACAAUGGAGAAGUCUCCUAUUCACUGUAAAGUAGGCUUAGAAAAAAAGCGAAAAAGGAAAAUGGAUGUUAGUAAAAUAACACGCUAUACUGAAGACUGUUUUGGUCAUACCAGUUGUAUUCCUAGUAAAUCGAAACUAUUAGAUGUUGACUUCUUAGAGCAGAAUGAGGAGUUACAAAUAGUAGAACCGCAGAAAUAUUCAUUGAGUAAAGUAAAGCCUGAAUCCACAGAUGAAGAGCUUGAAGCUGUUGAUGCUAUCCAGCAGCUCAUUUAUAGUCCCACUAGUAACUGUGCAGAAGAUACUUCUCCUGUUCACACUAGCACUUUUCUUUCCAAUACUUUAAAAAACAAAUGUGAACAGAAUGAUUCUGAAUCGCCAUCUACUUUCAGUACUGAUGAACCAUCAUUUUAUCCCUGUACAAAGUGCAAUGUGAAUUUUAGGGAGAAGAAACAUCUGCAUAGGCAUAUGAUGUACCAUUUAGAUGGGAACAGUCAUUUCCGACAUCUCAAUGUCCCCAGGCCCUAUGCAUGUAGGGAAUGUGGAAGGACAUUUCGAGAUCGUAAUUCACUUCUUAAACAUAUGAUAAUUCACCAGGAAAGAAGGCAGAAACUGAUGGAAGAAAUCCGUGAGCUGAAAGAGCUUCAGGAUGAGGGUAGGAGCGCACGGUUACAGUGUCCACAGUGUGUAUUUGGUACCAAUUGUCCCAAAACGUUUGUGCAGCAUGCAAAGACCCAUGAAAAAGAUAAAAGAUAUUAUUGCUGUGAGGAAUGCAAUUUCAUGGCUGUGACAGAAAAUGAACUGGAAUGCCAUCGAGGGAUCGCUCAUGGAGCAGUAGUCAAAUGUUCCAUUAUCGGUAGCGAUAUGUCCCAGAGGAAAACACAGAAAAAGGCAUCCUUGAAAGAUCCAUAUUUGGGAUCCUCAAAAAAAUCAUCAACGUAUGUGUGUAAGAUGUGUCCAUUUACUACUUCAGCUAGAAGCAUUUUAAAAAAACACAUGGAAUAUUUGCACCCAGCAUCGUGCAUUGAUCCCUUUGGUAGCCAUCUUAGACUAGAAAAAAGAAAAGGAAGCAUAAUAGAAGAAUCUUUAGAUUUUGGUAGCAGGACAAAACAGUUGAUCAAACAAUCUUCUACUUUUCCAAAGAACUCUGUUUUAAAACAGGAUGUAAAAAGAUCAUUUGGCUCUGCUUCACAGUCCACUAGCUUCGCAAAACUUCACAAGAGACCCUACAGGAUACAGAAGGCUCGGAAAAGCGUUUCACAGUCAUCUGUAAGUGUGUGCAAUCUAAAUUCUACAAACAAGACCUUUUUGAUUAGAAAUAGCAUUGACCAGAAACCUAAAUAUUUUCAUCAAGCAGCAAAGCAGAAAGCUAGUGUCAAAACGAGCAGUAAUUAUUUAUAUAGACACAAAUACGAAAACUACAGGAUGAUUAAAAAAUCUAGUGACUCUUAUCCUUUGCAUUUAAAAAAGGAAGAGUCCAACUCUGUCAGUUCUUUACAUUUAUUUUCUUCAUCAAGUAGUCCCUGUAAUAAUUAUUUUGUCAUGGAUUCAAAUAAUCUUGGUUGCAAAAGGGCAGAAGGCUGUAAAGAUCGUAGGCAUGUAGCUGUAAAAAGAGUGGUUAAAGAAUCCAAGAGGGAAGGCUCUGUUACAGGAGAUGAUUUGGAUUGCUAUCCAGAUUUUCUGCAUAAAAUGACUGUUGUUGUUUUACAGAAACUUAACUCUGCUGAAAAAAAAGACAGCUAUGAAACGGAGGAUGACAGUUCAUGGGAUAAUGUUGAACUAUGUGAUUACACUACACAGUCUGUGGAGGAUGAAUCUUACAGUGAUAUUAAUCAGGAGCAUGUAAACCUAUUCCCCAUAUUCAAAGGUAAAAUGGAAGAUCAUGAAGCUGGUGAUAAAUCUUCACUUAGUUAUGAGCAGAAUGAUGGCUUUUAUUUUGAGUAUUAUGAAGAUGCUGAGGGUAGUAACUUCCUGCAUGAUUUGCAUGAUCCUCAGAAUUUAGAAAAUGUAGGAUCAGCAUUGCCAAAGCAUAAUUCAGUUUUCCACUGGACGGAUUUGUCGCUUGAAAAGAAGUCCUGUCCGUACUGUCCAGCAACCUUCGAAACAGGUGUUGGACUGUCCAAUCAUGUCAGAGGACAUCUUCACAGAGCCGGACUGAGCUAUGAAGCCCGUCAUGUUGUUUCACCAGAACAGAUAGCAACAAGUGACAAAAUGCAACAUUUUAAAAGAACUGGAACAGGAACGCCUGUUAAACGUGUUAGAAAAGCGAUCGAGAAAUCUGAAACAACUUCUGAGCAUACAUGUCAGCUCUGUGGAGGCUGGUUUGAUACUAAAAUUGGAUUGUCUAAUCAUGUGCGAGGACACCUGAAAAGGCUUGGUAAAACCAAGUGGGACGCACACAAGUCUCCGAUCUGUGUUCUGAAUGAGAUGAUGCAAAAUGAAGAGAAGUAUGAAAAAAUCCUAAAGGCUUUGAACAGUCGCCGCAUUAUUCCCAGACCGUUUGUUGCUCAGAAAUUUGCAUCAAAUGAUGACUUUUUAUCUCAGAAUGUUAUACCUCUUGAAGCAUACCAUAAUGGCCUAAAGACUGAAGAUACAUCUGUGUCUGCAUCGGAGGAAGAAGGGCUGAAUUUCCUAAAUGAAUGUGAUGAAACAAAAGCAGUACUACAUGAUGAAAAAAAAAAUCAGUCACUUACACUGAUAGAACUCCUGAAAAAUAAGAGGUUAGGAGAAGAAAGAAAUCCUGAUAUUUCUCCACAAAAGAUUCAUAAUCAAACUGCAAGAAAGAGGUUUGUUCAGAAAUGUGUUCUUCCAUUAAAUGAAGACAGUCCAUUGAUGUAUCAGCCACAAAAAAUGGACUUGACUAUGCAGUCAGCUUUAGACUGUAAGCAAAAGAAGUCAAGGUCAAGAUCCGGAAGCAAGAAAAAAAUGCUGCCUUUACCUCAUAGUGCUGACGAAGUUUACAUACUCAGAUGCAGGUUUUGUGGUCUGGUCUUUCGAGGACCUUUGUCUGUUCAAGAAGACUGGAUAAAGCACUUGCAGCGACACAUUGUCAACGCAAAUCUUCCACGGACUGGAGCUGGCAUGGUUGAAGUCACAUCACUACUUAAAAAGCCUGCUUCAAUUACUGAAACUUCAUUUUCUUUACUGAUGGCAGAAGCAGCAUCAUAGAACAAGGAAACGUUUUAAAUUUUAAUUGGAUGUAAAUUUGAAAUUCUUUGUCAUUUUUUAAAAUAAAUUGCUACACUAAAUUAUGUUUAUAAAUGCUAAAGACAGAAAAAUAGAGGAAGUGGAUUACAGUAACAUCAAACUAAAUUGAAUACUUAACAGUUACAGUAAGUAGUCUUUAUAUUUUAUAUAGGGUGGAAGAUGUGUUUUUAAGGUUUAUUAUGUUUUUGUCAGUUACUGUGUUCACUAUCAAUACAAGACCAUUACAUGUAUGGCAGCCAUUUUUAAAUUGUUGCACAUGGGUACUUAAAAGACAGAUUUUAAUAAAGCAAAGAAACCAUGUUCUCUUCAGUGUUACCCAAAUCAAGGCUCUGUUUAUUCCAAAAAGAAUUACAUAGUAAAAUAAGAUAUUAUUAUAUUUUGUUUGUAUGUAUGUAGUGUUUUGUAUAAUACCAAGAACUGCUAAUACAAUUUACUCAACUUAGGGCAUUAAAUAUCAUGUACUUCAUAGUUCAAGAGACUGUUUCAUUCAAAUAGGGCAAUUAGUACUCUUCUAUCUAGGUGUGUACGUGUUUUUUUUAAAUCACAUGAGGCUUUUUGUACUAAAAAGUGGAGGGAAACUUGUUUAAACAAAUUUCUAAGAGAAAUAUGUACAUAAUACUGGAAAUUUGUGGUAAGGAAAUAUUCUUUACUUCAGUUGCAUUUCUCACUGACAAUAAAGUGGUGCAUCCAUGCUACCUCCUACUUGUCAACAAAGAUGGUAUUUACCCUUAAGUUUUUGUAUCAUAGUAGAUUCAAUCCAGCUAUCUUUAUUACAAAGCAUCUUUUUGUUAACAAGUUUGUUUCUUUAUGAUGAUUUACUUAAAGUCUGACUUGCUUACAGAAGUUUGCCUCUCUACUAUUUUAUUUAACACUGUAGAAAUGUACUAAUAAGCAUUGCUCACUACACGGUUAGAGUAGACUUUUCAUUUAUAAUUCUGUUUAAAAGAUUGAUCAUUUUAGAAAAUUUGAACACAGAUUGAAAUGUUUCUACAUAUGAAGAGAAUGUUUACAACUUAAAUUUUAGAGCUUGUUUUGGAUGUGAUUAUAUGUAUGAAAACUGUAACACUAUGCUCAUGCUAAGGACCUACUUACAGAAUUACUGAAAUAAAUGUGCUGUGAGGAUGGAAAUAUGGUGCAGGUGUCUUGGUCAUGCUGAAUUGUGUUUGUUCAUUUAAACUGUUUUCAGAACAUGAUUUUUGUUUAAAUCAAAUUAGAUUCCUCUACAAAUCAAUUUUGUAUGCAAGUAACAUUUCAUUUUACUCAUAUAGGGUAACCGAUACUGUAGUUAAGCCAAGGAUAUGCAUUGAUAUUUUCUUUAUAUGUAAAUAAAGUUAAAAGCAGUUAAAACAAGAGGAGUAUUUUGGUAGAGUAUAUACAUACCUCACUGCCAGUGAAAUUGCUUUCCUAUGGUAUAUCUCCUUACCAGAAAAAUCUCUAAAUAAAAAGGUUUAAAUAAAAUCUAAAUGUCUAUAAUGUGAAGCAUUUAUUUGCAUUGUGUGAAUUAAGUUUGUGAAAUUGAUUUGUCUUGCUUGAGAUUAGAAUCUUCUCAUGAUCUUAAGUAAAAGUACAUUUACUUGCAAUAAACUGACUUGUUCACAGACACAUUACAUUUGAUUGGUGGAAAAUAUGAAUAAAUGUCUGUCUUCCUGUAUGUGCAUGGUUCAGAGGUAACACACAAGGCUUGUUAACGGUCUGGUAAAAAUAGGUGGGUUAGAAAUGCACAGCUGUACAGGACAGUCCUGAGACAAAGCCAUCCUCGCUCUGUCAAGGCUAUCAUUAAAUGAGUGAUAUUGGGCGUUUUACUGUACACGUUGCUACAGAUAACUUCAGCUUUAUUGACAAAAUUUAUUCCCUUUUUUUUUUUUUAACUGGGAAAGCUGUAUCGGUUCAUUUAAAGGCUGGAGAAAAAAAUACUUUAGAGAUUUUAGGAAAGGUAACUGGGAUGUUGAAGUGUAUUGCAGACAAAUUAUAUGUAUGCAGACUAACGAAUUUCUAAAUUUGUGGAUGAUUGUGGGGGGGGUUUAUAUGCUGUGAAAAUGGAAGAGUAGCAGCAAUGUGUGGAAACGGAAUAGAGGGAAGUGAUCAGAUCACCUUGAAUGUUUAUAAUGCUUUAAUAGAGUGCUUGUUUACCUUUCUCACCAAAAAGGGUGCUUGUAAGAGCACCGUAUUUUGUGGCUGUUUAACAGAUGAAAAAAUCAAUUGAGUGCAAAUGAUAUUUAUCUAGUAUUGUUAAGAAAGCUUGUGAGGUGAAGCCAUACCAUGCAGAAUUCUGCAUUAGCAAAAAAACUCUAUUAGGUUCAUAAUAAUAAUAAAAACUAGUUAAUUCUAUUUAAUUCAUUAAACCCCAAUAGUGAGCUGCUUUGUGUAACACUAAAAUGCAAGGUUGUGUCUGCAGAGCAGGGAGCUAGCUCAAGGCCUGAUUAUUUUCCAAAAUGAGAUUCUUUUGAUCAGGAGCAGCAGUUUGCAGUGGCAGGCUUUCUGAGUGGGUGCGCUGGAGCUGUGUACCCUGCUUGCAUCAGAUCCUUGGCAAUACAGUUUGAAAUAAUCAGAAGAGUUCUACAAUUUCUGUAUAUAUUAAGUUAAUUGCAUAUAUGGUUGAUACAGACUGAAUGAUCUUCUUAAAACAAAACUGACUACCCUUAAGCUUUCUUUAGCCUCCAGUCCUCAAAUGGGGCUCUUCAUUUUCUUGGUUUCUGUUGUUUGGAAAUACAGAUCUUCUGUCACUGCCUGCAAGGAGAUACAAAUUCCCCUUUCCAGAGUGACAGAGAUUCUAAAUAAUCUGAUGAUAGAACAGAGUUAAUUAAAUCUCUAUAUUAUAUGAAUCUCAUGUUUUGAGAUGUGUGGCUUGAGAGGCAGUGUGGCAGUCUGUGCUGAAGAACUGGGCUUCCAGAACUGCACGUAUAAACACGAGUGUUAGUCUGUUCACGUUGGCUAGAUUGCUGUGGGGUAAAGGCUAGCGUAGUGAUUUUUAUUUGGUUGAUUUUGGUUCAUUAUCAUAAUCUUAUGUGUUUCUGGAGUUACUCUAGUGUCUGGUAAAGGUCUCUUUAAGUAGCAGCCUCUGGAAAAUUAUGACAAAAUUUUGAGAAUGCUUAGAGAAACCUGGAAAUCAUAGAAGACCCCACCUCCCACAUUUUGUAAGAUGGCCUAUAUCCCUUAGCUCCAGUGAUACUUCCAAAUCAUCUUAAAAAAUUAAAACUCUGUUUGCAUUCCUUGAAAUUAUGUUUCUGCAGGAUCUCCAAAAGGCGAUUUUAAAGUGCCUGUGGUAGCCACUGCCCAGUGGUAGCAUGUUCAGGCUGUAUGCAUGGAAAAUAGGAGAUGGAGGCAAGUGGAUAACAAAUGUUGGCUCACAAAGAUCCCUGGGCAUUUGCUUCUGUUUGCCAUAUACUGCUUCAUGUGGAUUGUGUGACUUGUAUUAGGCGGGCUGCUCCCGCAAGCCGAGGUGGUCCAGCUCUGCCUGCAGAUCAGCUCAGACCUCCCCAGGGCUUGCCUCACCCGGCCGGUGGCGUCAGGAGAUGAGCUGCUGGCUCUUCUCAAGGGGAGAGGAAGCACAGGCCAGACAGUAGGUAACGCUAGCUACUGGGGAAGGAGAGCGGGCACCUAACGUGCCAGAGAUGGGCGACUCUUAACGGCUGGGGCUUGUGCCCUGGGCCAGGCUGUGUUUGAGCUGUGUGCCGGUUCAAAGUUCUACCUUUUCAGCCACACUCAGGGAGAUCACCAAGGUCUUUGAGGUAAGUGGCUCACAGGAGGAACGCGAGUGGUGAAUUAGGGCUCAGAGAGGUGCAUCCACCCAAAGUUUUCCAAAGGUCAGCGCCACAGGAUGGGGGUGGCGAGGUCGGUUCCUGCAAAAGUGUUUUGACUCCAGUGCUUUGUCUGGGCCGGUUGUGGGGCUGGAUUGCCUGCAUGUCACUAGUGCUUUAAAGAAGUGUUAUUCAUUAAAUCUACCAGAUUCUGAAAACCUACAGAAGAUAUAAGUUUGUUGCGCAAAUGUGGAAAAAUUAACAGCAAAUAACAAGUACUUUCUUCUAACUCCAUGUGAGGGCUGUGAACAAAGCCUGUUUAGUUGAGCACCGUGGUCAACAGACUUCCACUUUUUAUCACAGUAGUUAAUGGCCUGGAUACUUAAACACCAGUUUCAUAUUAAAAUAAAAAAAAGGGGUUUAUAGUUUUGACUUUGUUUUUUUUAAAAAAAUCUUUUUAGGGUGGUACGUACUUAAAAAAGCCAACUGCAUUAUGAUUUCAGAUAUUUGAAUCCACCAUGCUUUGUAGGUGCUGUUGCCUGAUACAUGGGUAGCAAUUUUGAUGUAAUGGAAACAUUUGGCCGUAGUGCCAGGUCUGUAAUCUCUUGCAAUAAAAUGUUCCUUUUUAACACCA